UCAACCCACGGUGAACGGUGACCCACGGGCCACGGAACGCAAGUCACAAGACUCACAAGUAGCGGUUACCACGGUCCAGACGAUCACCGGAGGAACCGUCGGCGUCGGGGAGAUCGAUCGUUUCGUCAGAAAGUAAUCCGAUCCGUUUCGGAUCUCGCCAGAUCAAGAUGACUGCUAUACCUGGAACGGUGGCGUUCGACGAGUACGGCCGGCCCUUCAUCAUCAUCCGUAACCAAGAGAAGCAGCAACGCCUAACCGGUCACAACGCGAUCAAGUCGCACAUUCUGGCAGCACGCAAUGUGGCCAACAUUCUCCGAACGUCCUUGGGGCCUAAGGGACUGGAUAAGUUGAUGGUGAGCUCGGAUGGAGACGUCACUGUAACCAACGACGGCGCAACAAUCUUGAAGAACAUGGAUGUUGAUCACGAAAUUGCCAAGCUGAUGGUCCAAUUGUCAAAUUCUCAAGACGACGAAAUUGGCGAUGGUACUACCGGAGUAGUCGUACUGGCUGGCGCACUUCUGGAGCAAGCCGAACAGCUGCUGGACAAGGGAAUUCAUCCGAUCAGAAUUGCCGACGGUUUCGAACUAGCGGCCAAAUGUUCAACUGAGCAUCUUAAGACAAUAACGGAGGACUUCAAGGGAACCCCGGAGAAUUUGGAGCCUUACAUCGACAUAGCUAUGACCUCCUUAGGUUCAAAAAUCGUUAACAAGCAUCAUCGACAGAUGGCAGAAAUAGCUGUGCAAGCUGUUUUGGCGGUCAUGGAUCCUGUCACUCGCGACGUUAAUUUUGAACUAAUCAAGAUCGAAGGCAAGGUUGGUGGCAGAUUGGAGGACACUGUUUUAGUACGCGGUGUCAUUGUCGACAAAGAUUUCAGUCAUCCACAAAUGCCGAAGAGGUUAGAAGACGUCAAACUGGCCAUCUUGACUUGUCCGUUUGAACCACCAAAACCCAAGACAAAGCAUAAGUUGGAUGUCACGUCGGUCGACGAUUACAGAGCUCUGCGCGAUUAUGAACGCGAGAAGUUCACGGAAAUGGUGAAACAAGUGAAAGAUGCUGGUACAACACUGGCUAUUUGUCAAUGGGGUUUUGACGACGAAGCCAAUCACCUUCUGCUGCAGAAUAAUUUGCCCGCAGUUAGAUGGGUUGGCGGUCCAGAGAUCGAACUUAUUGCCAUCGCGACCGGUGGACGCAUUGUACCUCGCUUCGAGGAAUUGACGCCGGAAAAACUUGGUCACGCCGGCGUUGUUAGAGAGUUAACAUUUGGCACAACAAAAGAUCGCAUGCUGGUGAUCGAAGAAUGCAAAAACUCGCGCGCUGUGACGAUCUUUAUUCGCGGCGGCAACAAAAUGAUAAUCGAAGAAGCGAAACGGUCCAUACAUGAUGCAUUAUGUACCGUACGCAACGUAGUAAAGGACAGCAGGAUUCUUUACGGUGGAGGCGCGGCGGAAAUAUCUUGCGCGCUGGCAUGUAUGGCACAGGCUGAUAAAAUCAGCACGUUGGAACAGUACGCCUUCCGUGCCUUUGCCGAAGCUUUGGAGAGCGUUCCCAUGGCACUUGCGGAGAAUUCAGGCCUCUCUCCGGUAGAUACCAUAGCGGAAAUUAAGGCGCGUCAGUUAGCCGACAAGAAUCCCGCUCUUGGUAUCGAUUGUUUAAAUCGAGGCACACCGAAUAUGAAGAAACAGAAUGUCAUCGAAACGCUGACGAGCAAAACACAACAGAUCUUGUUGGCUACGCAGCUCGUGAAGAUGAUACUGAAAAUUGACGAUAUACGCUCACCCCACGACGGCGGCGAUGCCUAAAUAUUAAGUUUAUAUUUAAUUUUAUUUUAUAAAUCUAUUAAAUGCUUUAUUCUAAUUGGUAUCGUUCUGUGUGCUGCAUUUAUUUUUACAUUUGUAAUAAUAAUUCAAAGCUUCAAUUGGUUGAAUUGAAAAUUGUUGUUUACGUCAUCUUGAUUUAAUUUAUACAAUACUAAUGUACAAUAUUAUUUCUGACUUGUACACCAAUAUGUGGCAUUAAUUAUUAAGCGAUACCUGAUUCACAGCCA